AGAAGCCAUCGGAUCAUUCGCCCGCCGCUCUCCAACACCAUCAAUCUCGUCGGACUAACACCGCACCCGUGCACCAUGGUGUGGAGAAAGAAGAGCGGCGGCGGCCUGUCGCCCGGUCGCGGGACAGGCGCCGACGAGGAGGAUAAGGUUCCCAGAGGGCACGUCCCGGUGGUCGCCGGCGGCCAGGAAGGCGAGGGCGAGCGCGUGCUGGUGCAGGUGAGGCUGCUCAGCGACCCAAGCAUCGCGGAGCUGCUGGACAUGGCGGCGCAGCGGUACGGGUACGGCCAGCCGGGCGUGCUGCGGGUCCCCUGCGACGCGGAACACUUCCGACGGGUCGUCGACGGCGCCGUGCACAGAUGCGGGAUCAGCUCGGCGUGAGUGACGAGGUGGCCAGGCCUUGACGACGGAGGAGGCGGAGGACGCGCCCCCGUGCGCGGCGAGCAAGCUAUACAUCAACAUUAAUUUCUACACAGAUAGAUGAUUCAUUUGUUCUUUAAUAGAUCGACCAAAUCUUUUGCUGAACGAGUGGGCAAUCGGCAGUGCUAGGCUGCCCUUUUGGUUCCCGCACGCAUAGUCGCCUCGCACUGUGUGCUCAACCUCUUGAGAUGACAUUAGUAUUGUAUUCAUAUUAGUCUUAUGUUGUCAUUA